AUGCCCAGUCCAAUCGCUCUGACAAUCCAGAUCAGCCUGGCCUUGGUCUUACUGGCAUUCUGGCGCGCAUUUACGCCGGACACUUGGCCUAACCGGUUUUUCUCCUAUUUGAUCAAUUGUUUCUUGCUUUGGUGGUAUCCAAUCCAUUCAGCAGACGGCCAAAUCUCAAUCCCGACGUGCCCGUAUCAAUUUCCGGAUGGUGGAGGGAGCCUCAAAUUUCUCGAAUACGAAAAGGUCUCUCGUCGGUGGGCGGAGGAGUAUGGUCCGGUCUAUCGUAUCUGGGUUGGCCUGACGCCUGAGAUCAUUCUAACUCGAGCGGAGGAGAUCAAAACGGUCUUCAGAGACUCUGGAGAUCACCUGAAAGCCUCAAACCUAAAUGGGGGCUGGGUGAUGGGCGACCUAGUUGGGGAUGGGGUGGGCCUCAUCAGCCAGGGGCAUUGGAAACGUGUCCAUGCGGUGGUUUCGCCUCCGUUCACGCAAAAGGCCACGACCUACGUUCCGUUGGUCCAGUCACGGGUGGCCCGGCAGUUCAACGAGCUAUAUGGGGAAUAUCAAGCUGGGGAGGCGUGGCGUCUGAAGCCUGCCGAGGAUCUUAAGCUUUUGCCGUUCUGGGUCAUCAGCGAUCUCCUUUACGGAGAACUGCCUCCGGACAUGGUGCAAGAACUCCUUCAUAUCACCAACCUGCGGACCGACGUCUUCCAGUAUGCUUUCAAGGGUGGGCUUUCGCUCUUCUCCGUCACGAAGCUCUUCUCGCCAACUAUCCGGGCUAAGUUGCGUGUCUUCCACGGGCGAUGGGCGGAAUUUAACCGGCAAGCAUAUCGACGCGCCAAGGCCAGCGGCCAGGGCACCGCAUGCGCCAUCGUGCCUUUGUAUGCCGCGGUCGAGCGCGGUCAGCUCACUCCAACGGAGUUGAUGCAUACCCUGGACGAGGCGCUCUUCGCGAACAUCGACGUCACGAUCGGCAGCUUUUCAUGGAUCCCGGCCUUCCUCGCCGAGGACCCAGCAUCGCAGGAGGAGCUCCGAAGGGAGAUCGCAGAGGUACGGAUGGACAACUGCGACGGUGCCUGGGCGCGGUACAUUGCCAGCAACUCGACCCUACUAGCGAGCUGCAUCAACGAGUCCGCGCGGCUGCGGCCCGUCACGAACUACACCUACGCCCAGUCGAUCCCCACGGCGCGCGAUGUCGGCGGAUUCCGCAUCCCCAGGGGCACCUACAUGGUGGUCGAUACCAAUGCGUUGAAUAUCCGGGACGAGUCUUGGGGCCCGGACCGCACGAGCUUCCGGCCCAGGCGCUUCCUGGCCGAAUCCCGCGCGUAUUUCCGCUACCGGUUCUGGCGUUUUGGGUUCGGGCCGCGCCAGUGCAUCGCCCAGGCGCUGGCCGACACGAUCCUGAAGGUGCUGGUGGCGUAUACGGUCGAGCAUCAUCGCCUCCGCUCACCUGGCAAGUCCGCCACGGACAGCCGGGCGGCCCAGAAGCGAGGGGAUGCAUGGUUCAAGGUUGCAGAGCAAGCGAUCAUCUUAGAGGCUCUGUGA